AUGGCCAGUGGUGGUGGCGGGAUGGUGCAUUCCCCGCCAGAUAUGCUGCACCAUCAUAAUAUAAUGGACACUUCGUCUCAUGUCGAGAUGAUGCCUAAAAAACUCCGCCUCUCCCUGUGCGUGGGUUGUGGAGGGCAGAUCCACGACCAGUACAUCCUCAGGGUUGCUCCAGAUCUGGAGUGGCAUGCAGCGUGUCUCAAGUGUCAGGAAUGCAGGCAGUUUCUGGACGAGUCGUGUACCUGCUUCGUUAGAGACGGGAAGACUUACUGUAAACGGGAUUAUACUAGGUUAUUCGGUACAAAAUGCGACAAAUGCGGCGCCUCCUUUAGUAAAAACGACUUCGUGAUGCGCGCGAAGACGAAAAUCUAUCACAUCGAUUGUUUUCGAUGUUGUGCCUGUGCUAGACAAUUAAUACCUGGUGAUGAAUUCGCGUUAAGAGAAGGCGGAGCACUGUAUUGUAGAGAAGACCACGACGUUUUAGAAAAGAGUGCAAACACGAGCGGCAGCAGCGCCAACAGCAAUGCUGAAAGCAACAACAACACAACACUUAGCAACAACAAUUCACAUCUUCCGCACGAGCUGGGAUCUAUGAGUGAUUCGGGCAGUGAAUCCGGAUCUCACAAGAGUGGAAGACCGCGAGGGAGCGCCGCAGCUGACGGAAAACCGACCAGAGUUAGGACUGUGCUCAACGAAAAACAGUUACAUACAUUGAGAACCUGUUACGCGGCUAACCCGAGGCCAGAUGCUCUCAUGAAGGAACAACUAGUAGAAAUGACUGGUCUCAGUCCAAGAGUUAUCAGGGUCUGGUUCCAGAACAAACGUUGUAAAGACAAAAAGAAAACGAUUCAGCUGAAAAUGCAAAUGCAACAAGAAAAGCAGGAAGGUCGUCGGCUGGGUUACAUGUCAAUGGGAGUUCCUCUGGUGGCUGGCUCUCCUGUCAGACACGAACCGGGGGCUGGUGGAGCAGGAGGACUUGCUCUAGAGGUGACUGCCUAUCAGCCGCCAUGGAAGGCGCUAUCUGACUUCGCACUCCACGCCGACCUUGAUCGAGCGCCUCACCACAGCGCUGCCUUUCAGCAUUUAGUGAAUCAGAUGCACGGUUACGAUGUCCCUACCCUGCCGCCACCUAGACCCGCUCACUCAGGCGAAGACAACUACGUGACGUAUCUUGAGAGCGACGAUAGUCUUCCACCGUCCCCCUAG